GCCCGUAUCCUUAAAGAUUCUGAGAAUCCUCUCAGAGAGCUCCUAACUUAACCUAAAAAUUCCUUGCCAGGAGUUUUAGCUUAGAAGUGAUUCCAGAACAUUUUCAGUGAACUCUGAGCCAGGAAUGGAUGAAAAAUCCUAUCUUAGUGAGGAGGUGUGGUUGACCCCGUUGCUAGGUAUGAGUCAUCAUUUCAAAAGCCGUGAUUGGUUGAUCCUACAAGUUUGAUGAAAAUGAACUUUUGGUGAUAAUGAGCAAAGGAUGUACCCUCAAAUCAAUAAACAUAAUUAUACACUCUAAUCUUAUGCAGACUAUAAUUGUAAAUAAUAUUUCACAUUCAAGAAAAUAUCUGGAAAAUGAAUAGUAAGCUGUAGGGGUUAUAGCCUAACAUUAGAAUCUAAAAUAUGUGAAAACUUAAGCUCAUUACACCCUGUUCAAAUAAUGAUUUGUGUCUCAUUUGCUCAUAUUAAUAUCCUAGCUGGCAUAUUUUGUACUUUCACUUCCAUAUGGACCCCAUUGAAAACAAGAUGGCCUAUCUCAAGGGGCUGUCCUUAAUGAAGUAGAAAUUGCAACGUUACAACUCAGUGUGAACUUAACGAGGGUAACACAGCUCAGCUUUUAACAAUGUCUGUGAUUGCUGGCUGGUCUAUUUAUGAAGGCUUGUUAACAAAUAUCCUACAAACACAGAAAAUGGAGAAAAAAAGGAAUCGCAAGCCGAACUGGACUGAGGAGCAAGGUUUGUUGCUGGCCCAGUUGGUGAACGAACAUAAAGGUAUGUUACGAGGAAAAUUUGGCCCAACUGUCACUAGCCAAGGCAAGAGGCGCGCCUGGGACACAAUAUCCCAAACAAUCAAUGCCUCUUUUCCACUGGUGGUGCGGACAGGCGACGAUUGUGAGAAAAGGUGGUAUGUGCUGCAGUCCAAGGCAAAAGAUGAGAUUGCAGCACACAAGCGGGAAUCCUCACUCACAGGGGGUGGACCACCUGCAAAGCGGCUGUCCCAGGUGGCCGACACUGUCUUUCAAGUCCUGGGACACGCUGAGGUCAGUGUCACCGGGCUGCCAACAGGCAUUGACACGUCAAUGAUGCAGGCCCUUGAAAUGCAGCAAAGCAUGGAGCCAUCACAAGAACCGGGCCCAUCAAGUUUGCCGCCUGAACCAUCUGCAGCUGCUACUCAGGAUAGCCCGGCGGAUCAAACACCAUUCCCAUCCGCAGCACCUGCUCCGUCAGCAUCCCUGCAGGAGAGAAGAUUGCAACUCACAAUUGAUGUGUUUGAACAACAAAAAAAAGUCCUUUCCCUUCAGGAGGAGUACUACCGCCUUAAAAUUGAACACCUAAAAAAUAAACCAUUUAGAGAUUGUGUUCUGUGUCUUGCAUUUAACAGUUGCAGGUGAUGUGCAGUAAAACUGUGGUAGUUCUUAAUACCAUCACAAGUUCUCAAAUGACAUGGGGCUACA